CUUCAUUCGGUCGCUCACUCGCUCAGUCCCUCUCCGCGCGCCGUAGUGUUAACGCGCGUCGUAAUAUUUGUCAGUGUUCGCAAACUCUGCUAUUAUUGUUUCAAACAAUCGCUCAGCUGAUCCAUAACUACCAGUUAUUCAAAAUAGUGAACCACUAUCGUACUAAUGAAACAUAACCGUGCUAGUGUGAGUGUUCAACUGGACGAGUAUCGAAAAUAUCUCAAGCGAAUGUAAAAAUAUACGCGACGCUGAGAAACGUACUGCCGCGUGUGACUGAUCGAUAUUUUAAUGAUAACAUGGAUUCAAUUAGGUGGUCUAAAAGACGGUGAGGUGUAGUGCAAGAAGUGCCCGUUGUGUUUGGACAAGCGGCUUGGCUGACGAGCGAUGCGAGAAUAGCACAAUGUUGCGCUUGUGGGUCGUGGUGGCGCUGGCGGCGUCGAGCGCGGCGCUGCAGCCCCGCUGCGAAGAGAUCUCCAUACCCAUGUGCCGCGGCAUCGGGUACAACCUCACCGCUUUCCCCAACGAGCUGGACCAUGACACGCAGGAGGAGGCUGGGCUUGAGGUGCACCAAUACUGGCCGCUAGUCGAGAUCAAGUGUUCAGCCGAUCUCAAGUUCUUCCUCUGCUCAGUAUACACCCCAAUAUGCCUCGAAGACUAUCCAAAACCGUUGCCCGCCUGUCGUUCAGUGUGCGAGCGGGCGCGGGCCGGCUGCGCUCCUCUGAUGCAAAAAUACGGCUUCCAGUGGCCCGAGCGCAUGGCCUGCGAGAAACUGCCGCGGAUGGGAGACCCCGACAAGCUCUGCAUGGAGGAGACCAACAGAGCACAAGAACCCGAGCCGCCCCGCGCGCCCCCGCCGCCUCGCCGGCCGCACUACAAAUGUAAGGAUCCAAAUUCAAAAAACUGCGAAAGCGGCCCGGCUGCAAGCCCGGGCGAGGUCGCAAGCGACGAGUGCGCGUGCACGUGCCGGGCGCCGCUGGUGCCCGCGCGUCACAACGGCUCGGCCGCGCUCGCGGCGCUGCUGCCCGGCGAGGGCUGCGCGCUGCCCUGCCGCGGCGCCUUCUUCACCAGGGAGGAGAAGGAGUUCGCGGGCGUAUGGGUCGCGCUCUGGAGCGGCCUCUGCGCCGCCUCCACCCUCAUGACGCUCACCACCUUCCUGAUCGACUCCCAGCGCUUCAAGUACCCCGAGCGCCCGAUCGUGUACCUGUCGGCGUGCUACUUCAUGGUGGCCCUCGGGUACCUCGCCCGGCUCGCCAUCGGCCAUGACGAGAUCGCCUGCGACGGACCUCUACUCAAAACCUCCGCGGCCGGCCCGAGCGCCUGCACCCUCGUCUUCAUCCUCGUGUACUUUUUCGGGAUGGCGUCCUCCAUCUGGUGGGUUAUCCUGUCCUUCGCCUGGUUUUUGGCGGCGGGACUCAAAUGGGGCAACGAGGCGAUCGCCGGGCAUGCCCAGUAUUACCAUCUAGCCGCGUGGCUCAUCCCGGCUGCGAAAACCGUGGCCGUACUCCUGGCCGGGGCCGUCGACGGGGACCCGGUGGCGGGCAUCUGCUACGUCGGGAACUCGUCGCCUGAAAAUUUAAAGAAAUACGUUCUCGCGCCCCUAAUCGUGUACUUCGCCCUCGGAGCGACGUUCCUCCUGGCCGGCUUCGUGUCGCUCUUCAGAAUCCGCUCGGUCAUCAAGCGACAGGGCGGGCUUGGGGCCGGGUCGAAGGCGGACAAGCUCGAGAAGCUGAUGAUCAGAAUCGGAGUGUUCAGCGUGCUGUACGCCGUGCCCGCCGGCGCCGUGCUCGGGUGCCUGGCGUACGAGGCGAGCGGGCACUCGCCGUGGCUGCGGCGCACGGCGUGCGGCGCGCGCUGCGGCCCGCGCCCGCUGUACGCGGCGCUGAUGCUGAAGUACUUCAUGGCGCUGGCCGUGGGCAUCACGUCGGGGGUGUGGAUCUGGUCGGGCAAGACGCUGGAGUCGUGGCGGCGCGUGUGGCGGGGCGGGCGCGCGCCGGGCGCGGCGCAGCGCGCGCUGGUGAAGGGCGGCGUGUGACGCGCGGCGGGGGCGGGGGCGGCGCCGGGGCUGCCUGCGGGGCCCGCGGCGCCCGGCCCGGCCCUGCCGCCCGGCGCGCCUUCGGCGCCCUCGGCCCGCUCCGGCCAGCCUCUCUCCGACUACGGACCCGUGUAAGAUGUGCCAUUCGCGAAAACAAACUAACUUUGUGUAGUGUCGUGAGCCCGUGCCCUUAUGGACUUAUACUUUGGGGCAUUUGUGGCUAAGUGAGUGAUUCGAACUAGAAAACUGACUUCUCGAAAAGAAGUCUGAGUGAACACGAUUGAAAAUAUGAUGGACCCGGGUUCGCCUGUGAUAGAUAUCCCAUGAACUGAAUGUGUGGCGGUGCCGUCGCGCGUCUAGUCCUAGUAAAACGCGCGCGCGGCGAUAUACGUAACUAGUUUUAAGAAACUCCGUACGAAAGGUCUGUUAAAGCGAAACUAAUGACGGCGACCGCCUUUCUCUGAUGUACCAUUAUUAGUACUGUUUUCUCUCUAAUAACUCAUCUUUUAACUCAUUUCGUUGGCCUUUUAGAGACCUUUCGAGCGGGACGGCGGCCGUAAAGUCGAGCCUUCACUUAUCACUUUGUAUUUUUUUUUAAAUCAAACUGACGUUCAAAAUGUGCUAAAAACGAGGUAUUUCUAAUUUAAUAGCUUAAUAUUAAUAUGGACAAGCGAAAGUGCUAUCCUAUGUCAUUAAUAGUUUUUUUAAAUUAUAAUACUUCCAUAAUACACAUUAAAAAUGUUACUAACAACAAAACUUUUGUAUUCUCACUUUAACCGAUCGCUUUUCACAUGUUAAUAUUAAGCUUGCAUCAAAUUAUCAAAAAUAGUAAAGCAUAAUACCUCUCACAAGUCAAUAAAUUAUUUAAUCGUUAAAGCAAUAAUGACUGCCAAAACUACUGCCAAUAUAUUUGAAAUUGUUAAAUAAAUUUCUGACUUGUGUUGUUCUUGUGAAGGUCAGAUCAUACUGAUAUUCUGUCAAAAGCUGUGUGAAUGCUUUAGUUUUUAUAAUGUGCUCCUUCAAGACUCGCUAUGUGCACUUUACUAGCAAUAUUAAACCUAGGUCUUAUUAUUACCUAAUGUAAGUUGAGCACAUUACGAAAUUCUAGGCGUAUUUAGUACAUCUAUCAAGAGAUUAAACCUCGAACUUAAUGCAUUUAAUAUCCAAUACUUGAAAUUGUAGGCUCAUCAUUAUGAAAUUUGCCUAUUUACAAUUAGAUAAUCUGUAUAGAUACAUCAUGUUCAUACGUAAAAAAAUAUGUAACUUCAUUCCAUGGAUAUUGUUUGUCAAUAUUAUCAAUUGAUGGGUCUUAAUAUUUCAAUUCCCGCAAUUGGACAAUCGGACAUAGAUUGCUGAUCAAAGUACAAGUUUUGUAAAAUAAGUGAUAAUAUAUUCUUAUGUAACGGGUUCUGCCGGACGUCUUAAAUGUUAGAUUAUUGUAAUUUUGAAGACUAAAACGUUUGUACUGACGAUGCAUUUCCUGCCAUAUAAUAAAUAGAUUUUAAAACAGACAUUUGCCAUCUGUAUAUUGAACGAUAAAUAGCGCUUGUAGAAACGAACGUAGGCUGAAUGAAACUUUUUUAAAUUCUGUAUUUAGUUUUGACUCCUUUCAUUCAGCCAGCGACACUAGCGCCCUCUGUGACUCAGUACAUGAAGUGCCAUGCUCCGAAGUUCCAUAUUGCCCCACAUUCGACUGAAGCACAGUGCUGCCAUUGAUUAAAAUUAAAUAGAUGACUUAAUGUCAACGCGAGAAAUAUUAUUAUCCAUUUAAAAUUGUUUACUUGUAUUAUGAAUGGAUAGUUUUACGCGUAUUCCUCUGUUCUAAGGAAAAACGCAAUACAUAAAGGUUAUUCACAAUUUCACAUUGUCUUAACUAACUGCAAAAUGCGCAUUUUGCAGUUAAAGGCCAAAUAUCGGAUGAUUAUGCCCGUUCUUCAUUAGGAUUGCGUUAUACACGUCAGCGUAGCAGUUUUUUUUAUAAAAUAUGCGAUUUAAGGUUUGAAUGACCACAGACAAUAGAAAAAUAACUUUUAUGACUUCGUUUUUGACUUAGGGCAGUGUUAGGUCAUCAAAAUUGACCGUAUGUGUAAUGCUUUAUAAAUAAACGCUCAAAAGAUACUGUUAUAGAGUUAGACGUGCAAUUGUGUAAUUUUGUACAUUGUUAAUUUAUAUCACAGCGGCGACUGAGAGAUUGUAAUUGUAUUCGAGGCGCCGCGGUGACGCGGAGAUCAUUAUGUAAUUUAUUUUAUAUCUAACUGUAGAUAAUAUUGAAUAAAGCGACUUUUUUAUGUACAAACAAA